AAUGACGUUUUGCCAUUGACAUGUACGUUUGCUGUCACAACAAUACAAUUCCAAUCGAAGGAAAUCUUAUUAUAGGCAUAUUUUCCAGUUUUCACAAUGUUAACUUUAUGGAAUUUAUUUGAAGCUUCUUUACUGUGUCUCAAUGCGGUUUGUGUACUUCAUGAAGAAAGGUUUAUGGUAAAAAUGGGAUGGGGCUCUACUCAAAACCAAGGCUUCGAAGACCAGUCCUCUGUUAAAUUCCAGAUUUUGAAUUUGGUGAGAUCUAUACGGACUGUAACAAGAAUUCCCCUCAUACUGCUCAACAUAUUGACUAUAUUAUUUAAAUUAAUACUAGGCUAACAGAGAAUACUACAAUAAAUUUGAUAAAAAAGCUCC